GCCCCGUCGCGCAGCCGCGAUGCUGGAGGCGUGAGCGCGGCGGGACCGGCGGCGGGCACCGUCCCCACGGGGCGCGGCGGCGGCGGCCCGGGCCGGGCAUGGAAGAGGAGAAGAUGGAUGAGAAUGAAUGGAAAUACCACGGGGAGGGCAACCAGAGCCUCGUCGUCUCCCAUUGCCAGCGCUGUGUGGUGCUGCGGUUUCUGAAGUCCCCCCCAAACCAGAACAAGACUUCAGAGGAAAUCCUACACCAUCUGCAAAACAUCGUAGACUUUGGAAAACAUGUCAUGAAGCAGUUCUUUGGGGAGAACUAUGUUCACCACGGGGAAAUCAUUCAACUGCCUUUAGACUUCGUAAGACAGCUCUGUUUAAAAAUUCAGCCAGAGAGGCCAGAGUCUCGCUGUGAUAAAGACAUGGACACUCAGAGUGGUUAUGCAAUGUGCCUUCCUAAUCUCACCAGGCUGCAGACCUAUCGUUUCGUGGAACCCCGGCCAAUCCUCUGCAUAGAGAUUAAGCCAAAGUGUGGCUUCCUUCCUUUUUCCAGCCAUGUUUCACAGGAGAUAAAGCACAAGGUGUGUCGUUACUGUAUGCAUCAGCAUCUAAAGGUAGCAAAUGGAAAAUGGAAGCGACCAAGUAAAUACUGCCCGUUGGAUCUCUUCUCAGGAAAUAAACAGAGAAUGCACUUUGCUUUGAAGAGUUUAUUACAGGAGGCACAGAACAACUUGAAAAUAUUUAAGAAUGGGGAACUAAUUUAUGGGUGUAAAGAUGACCAGGACUGUGUCUCUGACUGGAACGAACUUGCUCGUCACUUAAAACCUUUCUUUUUUCCUUCCAAUGGGUUGGUCAGUGGGCCACACUGUACAAGGACAAUUGUUAAAGAAUUAAUCCACGUUAUAACUAUGACGCUACUAAGUAGUACAGACGCCUGCAGGGCAGGUGACAUGAAGACAGUUCCCAUUUCACAAGGAAGAAGCUACUGUGAAGCAAGUGCUUUUAAUAAGGAGCUAGUAAGAAAUGGUAAACAUAAAUUGGAGAGCUCUGGCUUACCACGGGGUUGUCUCCUUUAUAAAACCCUUCAGGCUCAGAUGCUCGACAUGCUGGAUAUUGAAGGACUCUAUCCUUUGUACAGCAGAGUUGAGCAGUACUUGGAGGAAUUUCCUGAAGAGAGAAGCACAUUACAGAUAGAUGGACCUUACAAUGAAGCAUUUUAUGAGAAGCUGCUGGAUCUUUCCACUGAUGAUGAUGGGACAGUAGCAUUUGCAUUAACAAAGGUGCAGCAGUACAGAAUAGCAAUGACUGCUAAGGACUGCUCCAUCAUGAUUGCCCUUUCACCCUGUCUGCAAGAUGAAUGCUCUGAGCAGAGACCUGUGGUACUAACAUCCAAAUCAAGAUUCACCUUUUCUGUUUCUGUCCUGGACCUGGAUCUAAAGCCCUAUGAAAGCAUUCCUCAUCAGUACAAACUGGAUGGCAAGAUAGUAAACUAUUACCUGAAGAACGUACAGGCCAAAGAUGACCCAGUCAUAUCCAGUCUCUUCAAGGAGAACGAAGACUGCACGUUAGUUCUCCACAAAGUGUAACCAUUUCCUUAAAGUUAUUUUUAUUUGAACACAUUAGAAAGUGAAAGAUUAAUGGAAUACAAUUAUGGUGAUUUUUUUUCUAUUGUGUUCAGUGCAUUUUUCAGCUGUGAAUGUUUUUGCUUUAAGAAAUGAUUUCUAAUUGGUAUUGCCUUUUCAAAGACAUGGAAUAGCACUAAACCACACGUUUGCUAUAUAACCUUAAUGAAUGUAUUUAAUAUGACAGAACAGAUAAUGUGCCAUACCUUGGAACUAGAGAACAGGUCAAAUUACUACUAAAAGUUUACUUCCUUAGAAUUGAAAGAGCACAGAAGUAAAGGUUUCCUGAAGUAUUGCACUAACGUAGAAAGCCUAAGUACUAACAAGAGAAUUGCCUUGGAGCUUGUGCUUUCAGUCUCACUCAUACCCACUAGGAAGAGGGAAGGCUCUGACAAAACCUAAUGUAAAACUUUAGCACUAAGUCCACAGAAAAUACAACUGAAUAGGCUACUCAAGUGUUACUGAUGUCUGGAACUACCCUGUUACUGCAGAACACUUUGAAGUACUAAUGCAUGAGAUUAAGGACACCAGAUGGAUCUAGAAGCAUGGUGAUUGCCUUCAAUCUACCUAAAACUUCUGAAAUGAAGUCAAAAGGGUUAAAGGUAAGCACCUGAGUUUUAUGGGAAAGCUGGGCUCAAAUCAUCUGACUUACUGGUCUUUUAUUUUCUACACAUUAUAUGCUGCUAUUGAAGGUGAAACCACCACUCACUCUAAUCUGGUUUAAAUUGAGCUAUAAAAAUAUAUUCUGAGUUUUAUAGAUUAUUUCAGGUCUUUCAGAUUGCACCAAAUGUUGGCAUUACUGCAGUACCCCACAUACUUUCAGGUAUUUUCAGGAUUUUCUUUCCAGAAGCUGCAGGGGGUCAGUUUCUGAGGCUGAGUGCUGGAGCUCAGCUCCUGUCACUACUUCAGCCAUUGAAUGAUGACUUUACUUUCUAAACACUGGUAUCUGCAGCUGAAGUCUUGUGGGAUGUUGCAGUAAAAGCCAUCCUUGAGGAAGGCCCUGAGCUGGAGACUUAGAAUAUAUUCAUAAGUGAGGGUAGUAGGAUGAAAUCUACAGCCAUUUCCCCUGUACAGUUGGGGGGAUUACACCCCCUGAACUCUGCAGAGAGAUGGUGCUAAAGCCACAGUGACCUGCGGUUACCUGGACAGUGUAUGCUUACUGGUCAUGUUUCUCACAAUAAUCUAGGGUAGGAUGUAAAAAAUAUUUCGAUUUGGAUCUCAGUGUAAUGUUUGAGUUGUUCCUUUUUACCUCAAAUUCAAGAAGAAAAACCAGAAAAACCUGUAUAUUGGCACAGCUCAUGGAAAAAACAUGAAAUAAGAGAAUAACACCACUCACACCAGUGAUCUGUGGUAGCCAUCUCUGGGAUUCCAUUUCCAGGUGCUGGGGACAGGGUCCUGGGCUGCCCUCACUGAAAUGGGAUACUACAACAGUGCAAUAAACUGGUGGGUGACAGUGGUAAUAACCCCUUCUUUCAAAGAAAACCUGAGGGGGGUGAGAGCUAUUUUUAAAUUCAGAAAUCCUCUAAUUGUUGGAUAAGGGAAGACAGGAAGGACUGUUCACAGCUGGAAAGUUUUCAUGGUUUUAUGCUGAACUUCACACACAUUUCAUAUGCAAAUAGAAGUGUACGUGCUGAUCAGUUUCAUUUUCAUGCUAGAAAGAGCUAAAGAUGAAAUAAGGUUAUACAAAACCAGCUAAAGCAGUGAAUUGUUAGUGGAUUAACUAGCAAUGGAUUCUGCCUGUCUACUGGAUUCCAAACUUGAAAUUAGUCUGCCUUAUAUCUAACAAGAUGUUUCAUUACACAGUUGAUGGUCAUGAAAACUUAAUCUCUGGCAUUGCUCAGCUGUAGGUUCUGACAGGAACCAGUUUCAUCUGUCAGCUUUUUCUUACCUGCCAGAACAGUAGGAGGGGCUAUUUCAGUGAUCAAAUAGUGGAUUAUUAAAAUUAUGGUAUUACAAACAUACUGUAGCUUUAGUUCUUGAUUGAUUUCUCUACCUAUUUCAUUAUUGCUAUAAAAUACUUUGUCUGACAUAAAUGGAGCAGGCAGUCGUACUGCUUGCAUGGUUACAGCUGCUGUGCAUUUGAAAAGGAAGGCUCUGAAUACUCUCCAGAGGCCACAGUUCUUAUUUUUGGCCCUGUGUUAACUCCCUGCCCAAGAACUAUGUGACUUAAAAUUGUACAGGUAUGGUAGUGAUGGCUUGUGCAGAGCAGGAGGUCUCCUGCAAAAUGCUGACAAAUGAGCUACUGGUACAGCUGAUGGCAGGGAAAGAAGAUUACAAAACAUCUUUCUAAGCUGUUUUGUCUCUUCAGGGAUGAAGGUAUGAAAUGUGAUGUUUUUGUAAUGUGUUGCCUACUAGGAUUUUCCCCUUGACAUAGGAAAUCAAAAUGCAGUACUGCAGCAAGCAGUAAACUCUCUUUACAGAAGUGUACCAGUCCUUUCGUGUUUAGUUUUAUGCUCAACAAUUACAAGGUGGAAAAUGCUCCUUCAUACAGUUACUUUUUUUUUUUCAGUAUAGUCUGUCUUUGAAAUCUACAAAUUGUCUACUUCCACCCUAAUUUAAUGAGAAAACUGUUUAACUCUUUGUUCUAGGAGUCUCUUACUGUUCUCUUGUCAUUUUGAAAUCACUGUACUUUUACAGAGCUGUGAAAUGAAAUGGAUUUGUAUGGACUUGGUUUUGACAGUGCAUGAUCUUUUAACACUUUCCAGGUAUCUAGAAAAUGUUAAGAAGAUAAACCACUCUGGUACAUUAAUGAUUCAGAAAGAUAAAUUAUAAUGAAAUCACUCUGUACAUGUAACUAUUUUAUUUGGCAUUUUUGUAUUUAAAUGGCUGUAUUUAUUUUCAUGUCAUGACAAUUUAUAUAUAACGUGCCAUAAUUGUACAGAUAGCAUGUUUUAUGAGUAUGGUUUCUAAAUGGAAAAUAACUUAAUGUUUAUAUUCAAUAAAAUUAUAGACUGUGUAACACAAUAUCUUAAUUAAAACUACUUUUGAA